AGAGCGGAAAACUAUUGCCAUGAGUGACAUUUGCCUCAGAGCUUCUCUCGGGGGAACUAGCUGUCAAAUGUAGAGGGCGAAGACAAAACGGAACUUACAAAAGGCUUUCGUAGCCAAGCGAACGCCCUCUUCUCCCGCAGAACUUCGGUGAAGUUCGCGGGUCAAAAAACGCUUCACAAUGCCAAGUACUAUAUGGGAAAGAUUCCGACAAGCGCUAUGCAAGCUCGUUCCUUCCAAAGAGUACGAAAAGAAAGCCAACGCUACGGUGUCUACGGCGGACGUACUAGUGUUUCUAGUCUUCGGAACGCUGUCAUUUUUCAACCAAGAGAUGCUUUACACUGCCGCCGAAGAUAUUCUAAGCGGGCGAAAACUGCCCACGGCUUCAAUCUUUGUGACUUUCAUAACUCCGUUGAUGGCUGUUAAAAUAUUAUGUCCCUGGUUUAUACAAAGGGUACCUUAUUUAGUCAAGACCUUGUUGAUCACGACUUUCAUGAUUGUCGGCAUUUUGAUCAUAGUGUACGCAGAAAGCACAAAGCUCAAGUUACUUGGCAUCGCGAUGAAUGCUAUGGCGACUGGGGCAAGCGAGUUGGUCUUCCUUUCACUCACUUCAUUUUACCCUCAAAUCUGCAUCAGUUCUUUCGUGGCUGGAACUGGUCUAUCAUCUCUGGUUGCGCCUUUAUACUAUACAGGUGUCACGACUUGGAGCUGUGUACCGCCCAAGACAGCUAUCCUAAUAACGGCCCCUUGGUCCAUCCUCAUCAUGAUCGCAUACGCCAUCCUUAAUAAGGAGCCCAUCGCCAAUAGCCCCUGCUCAAGUCCGUCCCUCGGCAAGCGGUCCAAGGGAGUGUCGUACGAGAAGAUCGAAAGUGAUGGGUCCUCGGAAGACGAGGAGCUCACGGAAUUCGAUCAGACCAAACUCAGCCUGACCCGACCGCUCGAUUGCAAGGAGAAGGGGCUGGCCGCGUGGAAGAUUUUCCCGUUUAUGCUGCCUCUCUUCUUCAGCUUCUUCGCCGAAUACCUCAUCACUUCAUCAGUGGUAACAACAGUGUCGUUCCCAGGCUCCGGCAUCCGCCCGCGGGAUCACUACUUGUACUACUCGCUAUCCUACCGCAUCGGCAAGUUCGUGGGGCGAUCCUAUCUGUUCUUUAUUUCCUUGUUUGGGGACUUCUCCCGCUUCUUGCUGUGCCGUCACACGUGGAUCUUCGCACUGAUCAAUCUUAUCCUCCUCAUGUUCUUCGCCCUGGAAUCCUGGUACCACUUUGUCCCCGGUAUCGGUCUCAUUAUCGUCAUGUGCUCGGCCGUCGGCCUUGUCUCGGGGCUCAUCGUGCUACACUCGCCACACGCCGUUGCCUCGGUUACCGAGACCCGAGAGCGCGAAUUUGCGUUCGGGCUUCUUACGCUGGGUAACGCUAUUGGUGCAUUCAGCGCAGGCUUGGUUGGGUUGGGGGUGGAACCGUUUCUGCAGUCGGAGUGUAAGAUGCACUUCAUCAGUGAGCAAAUGUAUUGCUUCACUCGCCAUCGUAACGCGACCGGCUGGAGCUCUAAUAUUCACUGUUAAUGUCCUUAAUUAAGGAAGAGAAAUAGGGGAGUGGAGGGUGGGGAAUAACUUGACCGCCUCUUAUGCUCCACUAAUAUCCAUAAAGAGGGAAAAUAAGGGGGGAGAGGACGGUAGGGGAAUAUGUUAUCUCGUACUCAAAUGAAACCGGUUAUGAAUGUAAAUUAAACAACAAGAAAAUUAGAUAUCAUGUUAUAAACUUGAAGACAUUCAGCAAAUAUUAAAUUCUGCUUGUGCAGUGACGGCGUAUUUUCUGGAAAAAAGAUCGAACGUGCGGAAAGUCUUUUUUUAGUUAAAUAGAAAAUGGCACACUAUUUCGGAUGUCUUCGCGAAUCCAAUUGAAAUAGGGAAAAGUAGCUUGCGUUUUAUGAGAGGGGUAAUAACGACGGGCCUUGUCCGCCUUGUCCGAGGGCGGGGCAGAAUGAGAUGUGCCCCUGAGUAUAAGAAAAACUAAAAACACCUACCUGUAUCACAUGCGGUCAUAUGUGACGUUAUUUUAAUUCAUCGCAAAUUAUUUUUCUUUAGAAACGUGUAAAUAAUUAACAAAUAACUGAAAAAUAUUAACAUUCUCAUAUUAGUGUUGUUUGGAAUAGUUGGCUAGAUUUAUUUUAGUUAUGCGUAUGUAAAUAUAUCGGGGAAUAUUCUGUGAUGUGUAAGAUGGUAUAAAAUAAAUAAAUGAUCUAUUUUGUGAAAUUCAAAUGCCGAUAAAUAAAUAAAACGAACCUCCCCACAGAUCAUUAAAAAUGUACAUUCAU